UGGGUACGUUGUGAACUUGAAAAUGGCAGGAGAGAUAAGGUUUUCUACCUACCCUUCUCUGUCAGUCCAUCCCCAACUCGCUCCCUCUCCCACUCACCCGUCGAUUCACAUCUUCCGUUCUCUUAAUCUGUAACAAAGAAUUCACAGAGACGGAUUUGUAUAAUUGGAUUUGGAUUUUCUGAUCAUGGGUCCUUCGUCAUCCUCCGCCAUGGAGAUUCUGGAUCCUCCUCUGCAGAGCAUUGGAUUCAAAUUCCAGCAUAUGUCUCCCACCAGAGUCGCCGGCCACCUCCAUGUCACCGCUCUUUGCUGCCAGCCGUUCAAGGUGUUGCACGGCGGCGUGUCGGCGUUAAUUGCAGAGUCGCUGGCCAGCGUGGGCGCUCACAUCGCCUCUGGCUUCAAACGAGUCGCCGGCAUCAACCUCUCCAUCAACCACCUCAAGCCCGCCGUACUCGGGGAUUUCGUCAUCGCCGAGGCUUCUCCCAUCACCGUCGGCAGAACCAUUCAGGUGUGGGAAGUGAGAAUAUGGAAAGGUAAUCCCUCCGACGACGACAAUGCGGAGACCAGGUCGUUGGUGUCGACGUCGAGGGUCACUCUCCUGUGCAACCUGCCGGUGCCGGAGAAUGCCAAACACGCCGCGGAUCAUCUCAAAAAGUACGCUAAACUAUGACUUGUGGAACUCCCUCUCCCUGUAAAUCUCACCCGCGUAUUGCUGCUUCUUUCGUGCUUAUCUUUUCUGUUCAUAAAAUUUGGCCUAUUAUGAACUCUCUGCAAUUUUACCCAAUUCUCUAAUCUGCCAUCCUGCCAUUCUCCAAUCA